CGCUCCGCAAGCCCGUUUUUCUGCGUCGGCGUUCGACCUUCAGCUCGAUCAUCCCCCGAGCUGAUUACUAUCCGAUUCCUAAAGUCCCCAUACUAUCUAUCCACUGCAGCUGUGCUUCAAGCCAGUAAAGCUCCAUGGCGACCCCCGAGCAGAUUCCCGGGCAGGAAUAUGACUAUGAAGCCCUCCCCUCGAACUACGGCCUAGGCCGGAAUAUGCUGGCUGGCGCCUUCGCAGGAAUUGCAGAACACUCUGUCAUGUACCCGGUUGAUUUGUUGAAGACACGCAUGCAAAUCCUGCAUCCCUCGACCGGCGGGCUCUACACAGGCUUGACCAAUGCGGUCUCCACAAUCUACCGGAUUGAAGGCUGGCGGACAUUGUGGAAGGGCGUCUCGAGUGUUAUCAUUGGUGCUGGCCCGGCCCACGCCGUAUACUUUGGUACAUAUGAAUUCGUAAAGGAAUUGGCCGGUGGAAAUGUGGAUGAUGGUCACCACCCCGUUGCAGCAGCGCUGAGCGGUGCGUCCGCGACCAUUGCCAGCGACGCUUUGAUGAACCCCUUCGAUGUCAUCAAGCAGCGGAUGCAAGUCCAUGGCUCGAUACAUAAGAGUGUUGUUCAAUGCGCCAAAACCGUCUACCGGACGGAAGGUCUCCAAGCGUUCUACGUAUCCUAUCCCACCACCCUUUGCAUGACUGUUCCCUUCACCGCCACUCAGUUCGUCGCCUAUGAGUCCAUCUCCAAGGUCAUGAACCCGUCGCAGGAUUACGACCCUUUCACCCACUGCAUUGCGGGAGGUUUGGCGGGUGCCUUUGCGGCCGGUCUCACCACCCCGCUCGAUGUUGUGAAGACUCUUUUGCAAACCCGAGGUUUGGCCCAGAACGAGGAGAUCCGGUCGGCCAAGGGUCUGUUUAACGCUGCGGCCAUUAUCAAGCGGCAGUUCGGCUGGAAGGGAUUCCUGCGUGGCGCUCGCCCCCGCAUCAUCUCCACGAUGCCUAGCACCGCCAUUUGCUGGACCUCCUACGAGAUGGCCAAGGCCUACUUCAAGGGCCAAGUGGACAACUAAGCGCAGCCGGCCUCUGCUAACGGCCCGAUCGCCUGGUUCCGACUCAAACCAACUCAGCGACCCUUUUGUCUCUGGUUCUGUCCAGACUCGUCUGCGGACCAACAAAAAGACUUAUAUUCCCAAGAA